AUGCAUUUUGUUCCAACUGAUUGGCAAGUUUUACCACAAGUAAUACUGCAAAUUGAUGGUAUUACAGUUAAUUUAUUGCUUGACACCGGAGCAACGACUUCAAGCGUAAACAAAAUAGACUUCAUUAAUGACAAAUGCACCGAAGGAAGUUCUAUGGGUAUCAAUGGGACGACAGUGAUACAUAAGGUGACAGCACCGCUCCCGGUUUGUACUCUUACGGGGGAACUGGUGACGCACAUGUCUUUUGCAGUCCUGCUAGAAUGCCCCGUUUGCCUAUUAGGAAGGGAUCUAAUGGCAGCAUUACAGAUUUCAUUAGUCUUUGACAAAAAGGGAAGACUGACAGCGACCUCAAUGAAAUGUGACCUGACAAACCCAAAAAGACGUGACAUGAAUGGGUUCUUUUUAAGCCUACCAAUGUCCCUGGAAAAUCAUCCAAUUUGGGCAAAAUGUAAAGACUCAGUAGGAACGAUUAACUGUGAGCCCUACCGGCCCUGUUUGAAGGAGGGGGUUAUGCCAACCUUUCAAAAACAAUACCCACUGAGUGAGGAAAAGUUAGAGGGUAUAAGGCCGCAAAUUGAGAAAUACUUACAGAUGGGAAUUCUUAGGAAAAUUGUCAGUCCCUGGAAUACACCGAUAAAUCCCGUAAAAAAAAAUAAUGGCACGUGGAGAUUAGUACAGGAUCUAAGGAAGGUAAACAAGGCAAUUAUCCCACUUCCCCCCUUGGUGGCAGACCUUACAGCUGUGUUUGGGGCCAUUCCUGCGGGAUCCAAAUACUACACUGUAGUUGACCUCAGUAAUGCGUUCUUUUCCAUACCAGUGGCUUGGGAUGCACAAAGUCUUUUUGCUUUUCAGUGGGCUGAUGAUGGUCAGGUGACUUGGACCCGUCUCCCACAAGGUUUUGGGGAUAGUCCAGCAGCCUUUUCUAUUGUAUUAAAGGCUACAUUGGAAGAUUGGGAACCAAAGAGGGGAUCCACCUUAAUACAGUACACAGAUGACCUUUUACUCUCCAAUUCGGAGUUAGAAGCCUGCGAAAUAGAUUCACGGAGUUUAUUAGACCACUUGGCAAGCAAAGGACACCUGGCCUCGAAGAAGAAAAUCCAAUAUGCAAGUACCCAGGUAGAGUAUCUGGGGUGCAUAAUAGAGGCAGGAGAGAGAAAGAUCUCACCCGCUAGAGUCAAGGCAGUGACCUCCCUAAGCAGGCCAGGGGACAAAGCUACAAUGCUGUCCUUUCUAGGGUCAAUAGUGUAUUGUAGGCAGUGGAUUCCUGAUUGCUCCCAUUGGGAUUCAAUCCUAAGAAAAACUACACUCACAGAAGCACCAAAGGUAGUGGAGUGGACAGAGGACAGAGUAGAAGCCUUUGAGAGAUUGAUUCGGUCCCUGACCCAAGCCCCAGCCUUGGCCCUGGCAGAUUAUGGAAAACCAUUCCAAUUAUACUGUGUGGUAUCGGGAGAAACCUAUGCAGCGGUUUUGACACAGACACAUGGGGGAAGAAACAGGCCAGUUUCAUACCUAUCGAGAAAAUUGCCUCCUGUAGUUCUUGGAAUGCCUCACUGUCUCCAAGCAUUAGCAGCCGCGGCCAUGUCAGUAAAAGAUGCUACUAAGAUAGUCCAUGGGAAUGUAAUGGAACUUUUCACCACUCAUACAGUUUUGUCCCUCCUUCAAAACAUGACCACACAACACAUGACAGCUCAGAGACUGUCCGGAUAUGAGACCAUAUUACUCAGUACGGCAAACCUGGUGAUAAAGACAUGUCCAGACACCUCACCAGUGAUAAGAUUUUUGCAUACACUUUUGAGACUUAAGUGUGAAGGUUCUGACGAACAAGUAGACCCAAUACCUGAACACAGAUGUGAUGAAGUGAUCUUGUCAUGCACAACACCUAGGAAAGAUUUAAAGGACACGCCACAGACUGACAGUAUAGAUGUUUUUGUGGAUGGAUCAUGCACAAGACCAGAUGACAGGACAUAUCAAACAGGUUACGCUGUGGUCAUGCUCCCAAAUCAAGUGAUAGAAGCUGAACCAAUUGUCACAACUUCGGCACAACAAGCUGAGCUGGUAGCGCUCACAAGAGCCUGUGAAAUAUUCGCAGGACACAAAGUGAAUAUUUAUACUGACAGUAGCUAUGCAUUUGGAACAGUGCAUGAUUAUGCAUUAAUAUGGAAAAAUAGGGGAUAUAUCUCAGCAGAUGGGAAGCAGAUAGCGAAUCAGAAAUAUAUAGAUCACCUGCUACGUGCAAUUCAACUACCAGAAGCUAUAAGUGUGAUAAAAGUGAAAGGACACUCUGCAAAAGGAGAUUAUCAAGCUAUGGGAAACAAUUUAGCAGACAGAGCAGCGAAAAUGGCAGCCAAGAGAGACACGAGAAGGGAAAGCAAGUUAUUAUUCAUGACAGAUUUUGAAAGUGAAAACUGGGUGUCAGUAGUAUAUCAACUACAGAAGCAGUCUACCAGUGAGGAUAUCAAGUACUGGAAGUCUCAGGGACUGCAGAUGACAGGUACAGGUAUGUGGACAAAAGAUCGGAUAUUGGGGGUUCCCACUGCAUCAGCACCACUCCUAAUAUCCUAUCUUCAUGGUCCUGGACAUUUGGGAAAACAAUACAUAUCAGAACAUUACAAGUCACUGUUCUGUACACACCAAUUGCAGAGAUUGAUAGACGAUCUGGUCGACUCAUGCAUGACUUGUGCACAGAACAAUGUUCAAGGAAAAGCACACGGAAGACAUGGGAAUCUACCACCCCCUACAGGCCCUCUGCAAGAUUUGCAGAUAGAUUACACACAUAUGCCAAAGCAACCCGGGAAUAUAAGAUAUCUCCUUGUAAUAGUCUGUAGGUUCUCCGGAUGGUGUGUAGCCGUACCUACUUCAGGAGAAACAGCUGGUGUGACAGCUAGGGCAUUGAUAAAUCAAUGGAUUUCAGUGUAUGGACUCCCUCGGGUAAUUCAUUCAGAUCAGGGACCUGCUUUCCAGUCCAAACUAAUACAAGAACUGACGAAGAUUCUGGGUUUCCAGUGGAAGCUCAAUAUAGUCUAUCACCCACAAAGUGCAGGAGUCGUGGAAAGAAUGAACCGAACCAUUAAGGAUAGGUUAAAAAAGGCCACUUCAGGAACAUUGAAGGAUUGGCUGAAAUUUCUACCCGCCAUUCUCUACCAAAUAAGAACGACACCAAAUAAACAGACAGGGUUGUCACCUUAUGAGGUGUUAUUCGGUAGACCCCCUAAUACCCGUGAGGAACCAGAUAUUGACAGUAACGUUUUUGCCUUGCAGGAGCAGUACGUGAAACAUUUGGUAGGUAUACUCUCGGAAAAUCAUGAUAAGGUUGCUGUCACCUUUCCUCCUCUUUCCACAGACCCAACUCAUCCAUUCUUGCCCGGAGACAAGGUUCUGGUGAAACAACUGGCUGUCCGCCACAAGACUGGUCCAAUAUACCAAGGUCCAUUUGAGGUUCUAAGAGUUGCUCGAACGGCUGUCCUUACUGACCAGAGUCCACAGUGGAUACACGCCAGCCGGCUCAAGAAGACACCGGAAGGAGUCCUGAAGGAAUUCCCCGGACAAGCAUGAGUCCUUCAGACAAGAUGCCUUCAAAGGAGAUGACUUUGAUCAUACCCCCAAGCCUGCAAAAUAGAUAUGAGCGAUGGCUAAGAGGCUAUCCUAAACCACUUUGUCCAGAGGAUCCAAAGACUAUGCAGGACUUGUAUGAGGAAGAAUUUAUGUUCAGGGAGUAUACCAAUGAACUAGAGACUGAGGACUUGAAAGAUCAAAACUUUCCUGAACCGUUCAGUAAGCAAAUGAUUCAGAGAAUGAAACUGUCAGAUGGUGGAAGACAAUGGAUAAAUCCUUUCUACUUCCGGAGGGUAUUGACAUGGGAUGACAGGAGCAGGGUUGUCAAGGAAAAACCCCCUAAAAGAAAACUUCCCAGACCACCCCAGUCUCCUUGUUCCACAACAUCUUUUUCUGAAGAAAUAGAGGAAAAAGAAACUCAUACUUUUGAUAUAGACACUGGAACAAAAGCAAGUCGCAGGAUCGGAAUCACUAAGUGUCCAUCAUCUCUGUUGUACUGUUUGGCAAUUGUAUGUAUCCUCGCAAUUUUCUAUGGUAUGGUAGUGAUAACCAUGAAAGCAUUUAUGACACACACACCAAUACAAGUGAAUGAAACCUUACGUGAGAGAACAAAAAGGUCUAUAUAUAUAUAUAAUAGGUCCAAUUACAAAAGAAUGGCCUGUUGUACUAAAGGAGAAAAUAAAUUGUCACAAUCAAUGUUGAAUAAAAUUGUAGGUUGGCAUGAGCAGAAAAAGGAAGGGGUAUGUAAAAUAGACGCUAUAAUCGUAAUUAUCAGGGCAUCCCCAAAGAAUACCUCCAUGUGUCUAUCACCCAAUCCAAUCGAUAAAGCCACUAGGAGGAAAAUACAGGAAUUAAAAAGACAAAGAACUCAGAAAAAAAGUCUCCUCUCCAAGACAACUUUUAAAGAGAAGGUAAUAGACACACCAUCUCUCCCAAAUGAGAAGGUAGAACCAUUAAACUGGCCAGACCCAAGUAAGGUGCCACAUCAUUUCCUACUAAUGCAUGAAUUUGGUAAACAACAGUCAGAGGGAAAAGGAGACUGUUGGGUUUGUUCACACAUGCAUUCAGGGGAGCACAUUUAUCCAAUGCUAGCAAAACCUAUGCGCCUUCCCUCCCUUAUCAACCUAACAGAUCUAGAGACAGUACAAAUCACAACAACUAACAAACCAUUCUUGAUACAAGGGUAUUCUGAGCCUCCAAACUUUUGUUUUUUAAAUGGUCAUUAUUCUAGGGAUGUUAAAUAUUUUGCUAAUGCUAGAUUCUGUGCAGACACAGAUGUUAACUUCACACUGUUGGACAUAGAAAGCUAUAUUACAAAUCAAACAGUGGACAUAAAAGGGCUCAAUACAGUCGCCAUGGCCGAUGCUGAUGAAAGAAUAGAGAGAAUGUUUCAGUACAAUCUUACAGAAUGUCCAGCUUAUAAGCCCCAGGUCAAUCAAGGCCCAUUAACUUCUUGGUUGAAGCGAGUAAACAAAACGGACAUUAGGUAUGGAAGUACUGACCCUAUUAACAUAGUUCAAUGGAUGUGUCUAAUGGGGCUAAGAAGUGGGCAAAAUACCUUCAGUGAUGUUCCAGCACCUCGUCUACCAAAGGGCUGGGUAGUGUGUUGUGGAUUAUGGUGCCAUACUACAAUCCCUUUUCCUAAAGAUCCUAGCUCAACAGGUUGGUGCACUCUGGUCCAACUCUUCCCAUACAUGAGUGCACAAUCAGGAAAAGAAGUACAGAUGGGACCAGCCCAUGGGGUGCUCAUUUUCCAUAACACACACAGGAAAAAGAGGGCACUGACGAGCACAUGGGAGAAAUUUUACAUGAGCAUCUUAGGCCCGACAGGAACUGCAAUGGCACUAGUAAGAUUAGAUGCCUUCCAGGAAUUGGUCGAGGGAUGGGUUAAUAUCACCACAAAAGACCUGGGGAUGAUAAAUGAAGAAAUGAGAAAAAUAAGGAUGGAACAGGAAGUGAUUAGGCAGAGACAGGAGAGACUGAUGAUGGCAGUCACUGGACUAUGUGAUCAAACAGAAAACAAACAAAUCUGUUGCAUUUAUUUCUCCAACUUCACCAAAGACACAAAGGACAUUGAGGUACCAGAUUACUAUGAUAUAAUCAACAGUCAUCAAGAGGAGAGGGAGAGAUUACAAGGGGCAUUACAUAAUAUGCCAGGGUCAUGGAACCCUUUUGACUCAUUAGGAGAUUGGGCAGGAGGUAUCUUUUCCGGAAUUUUCAACUUCUUCAAAAAGGCAGGCAUUGUUAUUUUGAUGACUUUGGUAUUCCUACUCCUUAUAUAUUGUCUUAUAAAGUUCACAAUAUGGGGAAUAGGAAAGACCUCUCAAUUGAUAAAGCGUAAGAAACCACCAGAUGAUUCAGGUGAAUAUGUCACCCUUAAAAAGGGAAGUACUCUGAAAAAGAUAACUGGUGUGUGGUAUAAGGAAUGAUCAUAUGGAAUGGGAAUUCCAUAUGAUCAAAGAGGGGAUUGUAAGAAAAUCAUGUCUGUAUCCACACAUACAUGUAUAUAUAUAUUCAGCCUUAUGUGCUUGUAUUAAUGUAUACAGAGUUCUUCUUUAAAGGAAAUAUUCUAUACUCUUAUAACACCAUAUCUAGUAACACAAGCUAACAGGAAAUAGCUGUCUGAAGCUCAAAACCGCAUGGCUAGAAAGAGAUAUGCAAGCUUUGCAAAAGAAUGCCACAUUUGUGAUGAAGGUACCUGGAAAGAGAAUUGCUGAAUGCAUGACAUCAUAGCUGCAGAAACAUAUAUAUACGCAUAUAUACCUUUGUAAGCAUAUAUCUAACAUGUGCAUUAGACAUAUAUUUUACACUUACUGCAAUAUGGGUUUGUAUAUUGACGUUCACAUUGGGUUUAGAUAAAGUGAAGGACGUUCUAUCAGGUAAAUGUUGGUACGAAAUAAACCAAGAUAAUUCCGCGAAAUAUUUGAACAAAGCGAAGGUCGACAAACAUGGUGGUUAGAUAUCUAAAUUCUAAGAAUAAUAAGUGCGUCACAUAUGUACCUUGUUUCUAAGAAUUACCAUGACUUUUUUUUACUUUGUUUGAAUAAAGAUGUCCUUGGAAAUUCGCUACCUGAUUGGACAAACCGUAGGGCAGAUCUAUGUUAAUUUGCGGUUUGAAGCUAUAAAUUGUCUACGAUGUCUAAAUAAAGGAGCAACCAUUUUAUACCUA